CGGGUAGUGGUCGUUAUGCAAUCUCUGCAAAUUGCAUUGUCCCCCCCUGACCUUUCUGCGACCUGUCAGCGUUAUCCCCCCUUUCCCCGUGAACUGAUAAAACCGGUGCCCCACAGCCGCGCAGCCACAGAAAUGGCGUCCAUCCAGCUCGGAACACUCUUAGUGUUGGCGUGUGUGUGUGUUGUGGUGCUGGGAGCUCCCAAGAAGGACAGCUAUGGAGGAUCAGUGAAGAAGGCAACCUCCACCACCACCAAGCCUCCCAAGCCCAAGUGUGACGAGAAAUGUCCAGAGGACUACACUCCAGUGUGUGGCAAGGAGAAGGACAGCACUGAGAAACCAAAGAGCUUCGGCAACAUCUGUGUCAUGAACAAGUUCAACUGUGAACAUGGCACCAAUCUUAUCAAGGAGUCAGACGGAGAGUGCAAGGACGGAAGUGGAGUCAGGCUGGCUUAAACAAAACUGAUUUUAAAUAUUUUGUAUUAAUUUUUUUACAAAACAUUUCUAUGUUCAAUAAAUAAGUUAUUGUACCACA